CCAAGCAAUGACGCGGGAGAACAACGAAGAGGCGGAGACGCUUUGAACUUGCCGCCUCCUAACCGCCUAAAAGAGGAGCAGGAGUGGUGGUGAUGAAGGCUGCUUUCAUUCACUACCGAAAAGGAGGAGGAGCCCACUCGAAGAGCCUGUGGGGAGCGGGUUGUAAGGCACAGAAACGAGAUCGCCUGCUAUGGAUCCAGCCUUGCCAAUGUUAGACGGCAGCAGCAGCUCCAGCACCGUCUUCACCUUUUCCUGAGAUCUCAGGAGCCGACGAGUGGUGGGCAAUUGCUUCACUUUCCAUUUCGUGACCAGCCUCGGGGCCCUGUCUUUACUUCUCCAUCCUUUUCCACUGGCUGUUACUGCCGCUACUGUCCUCUCCCCCGCCGUUUUAUUAGGACCUUAACCGGAUCCAGGCACAGGCGAGGGGGCGGUGGUGGUUCUAUACAGUGAGUCAUCACUAAAGCGCAAGCCCGUUCUCGCCGCUGGUCUACGGUGUUGUAGCGGGGACUGUCCCACGAAUGUUAGCAUUCCUUUUGCUUUGGCUCGGGAUAUCCGUCUGAUGCAAUUAACCUACGGAUUAAAUGAGAAGCGAUGAGCUAGUUAUUUAUGGUAAAGAACCUUCUCGUCGUGGCCUUUUUGCAAGGGAGAAGGGAUCUCAGAGAAUUGAUAUAUUGUACCUUCAACAAACAAAGCUUCUACAAAAUAUAAGCAGCAAAAUGGAAAUGGACUGCCUUCAAGUUGAUCCUGACGUAUGGCUACCCUAUGAAUAGGGCUUUCAUGAAAGAAUACAAAGAAAUCAAGGGAACGCUGAACAAACUUGGAACGCCCCCUACAAAAUAUUAUCACAUACAGGUUUCAUCAAGGAGAUGGGUUGCAAGGGGCUUUUUGGUUUUGCACAGCAAUUGGUUCGUCGGAAAGUGGUGGACUGCACAAGAGAAGACAGCCGGCUCUCCCGAUGCCUCAACACAUUUGACUUGGUCGCACUUGGCGUGGGCAGCACACUUGGAGCAGGUGUUUAUGUUCUUGCUGGGGCAGUGGCCCGAGAAAAUGCAGGACCUGCCAUUGUGAUCUCCUUCCUGAUCGCUGCUCUGGCUUCUGUGCUGGCUGGACUUUGUUAUGGGGAGUUUGGUGCUAGAGUUCCAAAGACAGGAUCAGCUUAUCUUUAUAGUUAUGUGACUGUUGGUGAGCUGUGGGCAUUCAUCACUGGCUGGAAUCUCAUUCUUUCCUAUGUCAUCGGAACAUCAAGUGUGGCCAGAGCAUGGAGCGCAACGUUUGAUGAACUCAUAGGCAAGCACAUUGAAAAGUUCUUUCAGCAGUACAUGUCCAUGAAUGCUCCUGGUGUUCUAGCAAAAUACCCAGACAUCUUUUCUGUUUUCAUUAUCCUAAUCUUAACAGGACUUCUAACUUUUGGUGUGAAAGAAUCCGCAAUGGUUAACAAAGUGUUCACCUGCAUCAACGUUCUUGUCUUGGGCUUCGUGAUAGUGUCGGGGUUUGUGAAGGGAUCAGUAAAAAAUUGGCAGAUCCCAGAAAACAUCACAGAUCUACACAAUGGAACAGCUCCACAACAUGGAACUGGUGGAUUUAUGCCCUAUGGAUUAUCCGGAGUUCUUUCAGGGGCAGCAACGUGCUUUUACGCAUUUGUAGGAUUUGACUGCAUUGCCACCACAGGUGAGGAAGUAAAAAAUCCCCAGAAAGCAAUUCCAAUAGGAAUUGUGGCAUCGCUUCUGAUUUGCUUUGUUGCGUACUUUGGAGUGUCGGCUGCGCUUACCCUCAUGAUGCCUUACUACUUAUUAGAUAAAAACAGCCCCUUGCCAGUUGCUUUUAAGUAUGUGGGAUGGGAUGGUGCAAACUAUGCAGUGGCUGUUGGUUCACUUUGCGCCCUUUCUACAAGUUUGCUUGGAUCCAUGUUUCCAAUGCCUCGAGUAAUUUAUGCUAUGGCAGAAGAUGGGCUACUAUUCAAGAUUUUGGCUCGUGUUAAUGAGAGGACAAAGACUCCAAUGAUAGCUACGAUAACAUCAGGAGCUGUUGCAGCUGUCAUGGCCUUCCUCUUGGACCUAAAGGAUCUUGUAGAUCUUAUGUCCAUUGGGACACUUCUGGCUUACUCCUUGGUGGCUGCCUGUGUGUUGGUACUAAGGUACCAACCCGAGCAGCCUAACUUAGCAUACCAGAUGGCUAGUACAACCGAUGAGGUGGACAACAAUGAGUCUGUGAGCACCAGUGAAUCUCAGACUGCAUUUCUACCUGAGGAAGAGGAGAAGUUCUCCCUAAAAUCAGUUUUCUUUCCCCAAAAUACUGAUCCCUCCAAACCCUCUGGGUUUAUAGUAAAUGUCUCCUCCUGCUUCAUAGGUUUUCUUAUCGUCACCUUCUGUAGCUUGACUGUCCAUGGCAAAGAUGCCCUGAAAAAUGGAACCACGUGGGCUAUCGCUUUGCUUGUUGCACAUUUCCUCAUUUGCUUCAUUUUUACAGUGGUUAUUUGGAGACAACCUGAAAGCAAAACCAAGCUCUCAUUUAAGGUCCCCUUCCUUCCCAUCCUUCCAAUCUUGAGCAUCUUUGUGAAUGUUUAUCUCAUGAUGCAGCUAAACCGUGGCACCUGGAUAAGAUUUGCCAUCUGGAUGUUGAUAGGUCUGGUUAUUUAUUUUGCCUAUGGCAUGUGGCAUAGUGUGGAGGCAUCUUAUUCAGCACCAACAGAUGCGGAAAGAUGUCCAGACAACAAUGUGGACAGUUGCAAAUGAUUGAACAGCCUUGUUAUGCUAAAGGACAGCAGAGCACCCUCUGCAGGGAAGGAUGCUUUCCUUGCUGGGACCUUGAAGUAUUUUAUUCUGUGGAAUAUCAGGUGGGCUCCCAUGACCCGCCACUGUCCCUUUCAGCUUGCUUUUACCUUUGGUAGUGCAGCUAUAAGGGAUCACAAGGAAAAAAACUGGGCCUCUAGCAUACUUCCAACAACACUGUUACCGAUGCUGGCAGCUCUCUCCCACCCUGCCUUCUCACAAGUAUAUGGAAAGGAAACAGCUGAUCCGUGUGCCACUUCACUUCCAGUGCUGCUAUGAGACCAAGCCUUUCAGAGGGUCUGCAAAUUAACUUCCUGGCAUUGUCUGUCUACAAAGACACCUUAUGUUGGACCACUAAAAACCAGGGGCCUUGCCUAAACAACACCACCACCAAAACAUGACCUCCUAUGUGAUAUAAAAAUGCCCUCCUUGCAGGACAAUGAAUCCGAUUAAGAAGAGGACUUGGUGGUCUUAUUUAAUAGAUGUACUUGACUUGUUCUGUGCAGGUAACUCCUGUGCUCUGAUACGCAAUGUUGCAACAAUCUUCUGUAGGGUAGUGGCUUGCAGGCUGAAUUCUCUCUCUUGUGACACAACACAUUUGUUUAGGCAAAUAGCAGAUCCUGCUGCUUAUAAGAAAAGCUUCUAGCUUACGGUAUAAUUCUGUGUAGAAAAAUGGUUUCUUUUUCAUCUCGUGGGUCGGGUAUAAAUCUGUUCAGUUGACUGCAUGGUUUGGGAUGUUGAUCCCAUCCUGUAUGGAAUAUGGUCAGAGUUUAUUGCUUUCCAGUCCUCAUGUUGCUCCUCUGCAUUGUAAGUUUGUGAGGUUAGACCUCUGAUACUCCUUGAAGCUGAGACUAAGCAACUGUAUACAAUCAUCAAAUGAAUCCAUUGUAGAGAUGUGAUAGGAACCCAGAUCUCCUGGGUCCAACUUCAACACUGUCUGUUGUUAUGUUUUUAAAUAAUAUAUUUAAAAGUGCAUCAUUUUGGGGGCGGGGGAGAUUGUGCCAAAUUUGACUUUUCAGGUGCAAAGUAGGAAACAGCCUUAGUUUAUGUCCAUUUGGAGGAUUUGGGACAAAUGCAUCGUCUGUGAAGUCAAAUCUCUUGUGGCUUGUCACCCGUCCUGUGAGGACCAACUCUCCUUGGACGAGAGUGGGCAGCAGGCAAUACUAGAAGCAAAAAUAUCUGUGGGCCAGGGACACUGCCAGUUAAGUGCCGUUCUUGUGCUGUAAGCUGUUUGAGACUCCAGCUUAGCCAUGUUGAACUCCAGAUAGGAUUUUGUGCUGUUUCCAGGAACAGUUGGCACAUCAUAGAACAGAAGUGAUGUGUCCUAAUAAGCAGCAGAAGCCCCGCAGGGAGCUUCUUGCAAUUCUAAAGCCAUCUGUCAACCUUCCCAUCAGGUGGGGCUGGGGAACCAUCGAAGUCUGUUUGUUCCCAUGCGUAGAUUACCCUUUGCCAGGUACUUUGGAGAUCAGCUGGCUGGAGCUGAUGGGAGCUGCAGUCCAAAACAUCUGGAGGGGCACUAAGUUGGCAAAGGCUGGUAUAGACAAAGAGCCACCUCUUUGUAAAAAGUGGGUUUCCAAAAGAAAAAACAUCGAAUUUAUGCAGAUACAUGCUGUAGAGGAAAAAAAUCUUGUAGUUUAUUAUUGUUGUUACUAUUUUUCAUUGCUGGUCUCCUGGAGAGCUGAAUUUAUUUUUAUUUGAUAUUUCAUAGAAUCAUAGAAUAGCAGAGUUGGAAGGGGCCUAUAAGGCCAUCAAGUCCAACCCCCUGCUCUAUGCCGGAAUCCAAAUCAAAGCAUUUUCAACAAAUGGCUGUCCAGCUGCCUCUUGAAAGCCUCCAGUGUCGGAGAGCCCACUACCUCUCUAGGUAAUUGGUUCCAUUGUUGUAUGGCUCUAGCAGUUAGGAAGUUUUUCCUGGUGUUCAGUUGAAAUCUGGCUUCCUGCAACUUGAGCCGAUUAUUCUGUGUCCUGCACUCAGGGACAGUCGAGAAGAGAUCCUGGCCCUCCUUUGUGUGGCAACCUUUCAUGUACUUGAAGAGUGCUAUCAUAUCUACCCUCAGUCUUCUCUUCUCCAGGCUAAACAGGGCAAGUUCUUUCAGUCUCUCCUCAUAAGGUUUUGUUUCCAGUCCCCUGAUCAUCCUUGUUGCCCUUCUUUGAACCUGUUCUAGUUUGUCUGCAUCCUUCUUGAAGUGCGGGGACCAGAAUUGAACUCGGUACUCAAGAUGAGGCCUAACUAGUGGUAAACAGAGAACUAAUACUUCAUGCGAUUUGGAAAAUAUACUUCUGUUAAUGCAGCCUAAUAUAGCAAAAAGUGUCAGCCUCUCCCUGAUUGGCUUCAUGACAAUGCUGUGAAGCCAUUCAGAAUGAAAACAAUGCUUUCCACCUUGCCUCUAGGGCAGGGGUGGGGGACCCUUUGGCCCAGGAGAGGAAUGUGGCCCUCCAUACCUCUCUGCCUGGCCCACUAACCUCUUACUAGCCACCUUCAUUGCCACCCCCAUGUACCCCUGAUAAUAAAGAAGGUGAGCGAGUUCACGGAACUGGACUUUGAAACACUUACACUUAUGCAUGCGCACGUGCACAGUUUCUGCCAGAAACGCUCUAAGAAGAAUUUUUGGCUCAGCCCUACUUUACAACUACCUGCCAUCCUUGUGGUCUGAAAUGCAGUGAGGUAGAUUUCAUUUAGUCUGUGAGGACUGUCAACCACAGAAAAGCGUUUCCAUUGGCCACAACUGGAGGGGCAACGGGUUGAUCUGCCAGUCGGUUGCGGAAUUUGUUUGAAGAUGAAUUUUUAAAAAAGGCCCUCGAGCUGAUCUGACCAGGUGUUAUAGUGGAUUUUUAUAUAUAUGUUUUUGUACCGAUUUGUGUGAUUUUAUUGUAUAUACUUUCUGUUGUACACCGCCCAGAGAGCUAUGCUAGUGGGGCGGUAUAAAAAUUUAACAAAUAAAUAAAUAAAAAAAAAUGCUUUUUUUGCAGCCACAUAACGCUGUUGGCUCAUAUUCAGCUUGUGAUCAAUGACAAUUCCAAGAUCCUUCUCAAAUGUCGUAUUGCCGAGCCAAGUAUUCCCCAUCUUAUAACUGUGCAUUUGGUUUCUUUUUCCUAAGUGUGGAACUUUGCAUUUAUUCCUGUUGAAUUUCAUUCUGUUGUUUUCAGCCAAAUGCUCCAGCCUAUCAAGGUCCCUUUAAAUUUUGUUUUGGUCUUCCAUGGUAUUAGCUGUGCCCCCCAAAUUUGUAACAUCUGCAAAUUUGAUAAGCAUGCCCUGUACCUCGUCAUCCAAGUCGUUAAUAAAAAUGUUGAAGAGCACUGGGCCCAGGACCAAGCCCUGUAUUACCCCACUCGUUACUUCCACCCAGUCUGAGAAGGAACCAUUGAUCAGCACUCUUUGAGUACUUCUGGAGCCAACCGUGGAUCCACCUGAUAGUUGUUCCAUCUAGCCCACAUUUAGCUAGCUUGCUACUCAGAAUAUCAUAGGGCACUUUGUCAAAAGCUUUGGUGAAGUCUAUCUAGUCGCUUCAGAUAUUUAUAUCUAGCCACUUCAUAUAUUGCAGUUGAAGCAAAUUGUGUGGAAAGUAGCGGGACUCAGUAGAAAGGGAAAUCUUUUAUUUUGCAGAAGUGUUAUUCUUAUGUUUGUGUGACGGAUUUCAGAGGUGAAAAUGCUUUGAGGUGUCCUCAAGUGCUGCCUCCCCCCUCCCGUAAUUACUUCUCUGCUUUCAUGUGUCCUCACAACAACCCUGUUAGAUCACAAAUACAGAAGCAGCAUUCCCCUCCUGUGCUGUGUGGGGCUGAUGAGGAGUUAUAGUCCAAUUCAUCAUCUUUGGAAAAGCCUCACAGCACCAGGAAGUAUUGAUUGAAUGAUAAACAAAAGCCCAACUUGUUUUGAGCCACAAGCGGCCCUUCAAGGGAACAUUGAAGGGCAAGUCAAGGAAUCAUGGCGGAUACUUGGACUGUGUAAAAAAGAUUCCUUUGAUUUGAAGGGCUUGCUGCAGCAUGAAACACAUCAGGCCUCGUUUCUAGUCCCCCUUCAUGUAUUGCUUCUGUGAAGAGACAAUGUGGGUAAGAAGGCUCUGUGGGGCCAUGCCACGUGGCUCCUCUCAGUCCUGACCCUCCUAUGCACAUGUCUGAAGUGGGGAAGUCUGUGCCUGUACACAGUGCAUAAGCUUCCUCAGAUCCUAGAAGCCUGCACAAAUAGUAGUCCAGGAUCUGGAAAAGCCUAGGUCUGUAGACUUCCUCACCUCCGGCAUCCAAAUUAACUCUUUCAGGUUGUUUGUUCUUAUGGACCAGUCAGUUCUUCCCCAUGCCAUUUUAAGGAUCAUUCUUAAGGGUGGGAUAUAAAUUAAAUUAAUAAUAAUAAUAAUAAUAAUUCUUUUACUGCAUUCUGUGUUGGAACCUCCAUCUUAAUCUAAUUAGGAUAUUCAUAGUCCCAUUUUACAGAGUUGGUGGCUUAGUUGGAGUUUGAGACCAAAUCCCUACUAUCACUUGGGCCACGGUUGUUUCGAGGCCUGUUGAGUGUGUAACAUUCCUACAUAGAAAUCACUUCCAUGUAGGCUUUUGCCAUGGUCCCGUUGUGUGAAAUUCCUUGUUGCCCAUUCCUCUUUUUCAGCCUUUGCCAGCCAGGUGCUCUCCAGCAGUGUUGGCUGGGGCAGGGGUACCAGGGUUGGCUGUUCUAUAGACCCCUGGAAUGAUUAGUAAAAUGUGCCCUAUUGUGAAACUUCCAUUGAAGAUGGCUCUGAAACUGUUGCUUUCACAAAUGCUUUCUUCUCUGGGAGAGGUUUGAGAGUGAGCAUUAUCAGGCCAGUGCUCUGACUUGCUGUCAGGUUUCUAGUUCGGAUUGAGGUUCUAAUAAUUGACCUAUGCAGUGGGGCCCCAACUUAUCUUAGGAAGUGUCUUCUCUCUUAUGAAUUUGCCAUGAAGCAGCUUAACCUGCUUCCCAUAUUCCACAUGAGCUGAAGAUGAAAUUGCAAAUGGUCUGAGGCAGGUAAUGGCUCCUGGACUCCAGAUUUUGUUCUGAAAAGAGGACCAUAGCUCAGUGGUAGGUAAGAUGCUUUUCAUUCAGAAGGUCCCAGGUUCAGUCCCUGACACCUCUAGUUAAAAAAAAAAAAAGAUCAGAAAGCAGGUGUGAAUAACCUCUGCUGAGACCCUGAAGAGCCACAUUUUGUCAGAGCAGACUUAUUACCAGGCUAGCUGGGCAAGCUGACCUAGCAUAAGACACUUUCCUCUGUUCUGAGCACCAAAGUCUAGACAUUGAUAACAGUUGGAUUUUAGUAACUUUUUUAUGAUUUAGUGCAGCUAUAUCUUUUUGCAUGGUUUCUUAUUUUAGAACUAAUUUUAUGUAUUUAUUUAUCCAAAUAGGAGGGGAAAACAGGGUAAAAAAAUCUUACAAAUAGAGUAUAAUGUGUAUAGAGUAUAAUGUAUCCUGUGUAUCAGCAAAUAUUGUGCGUUUGUGUACACACAGAAGACAUGGUUUCUCUUUUAGCAUGGGAUUCAUGCACGUUCCCUAAUGGAAGUGACUCACUGUAGGAAUUAGGCCCAUGCAUGAAGGAGCACUGAGGGUAGAUGUGACAGAUCAUCUACUAGUGGCUGUCCCUCAUCUUCAGCUUGCUUAAGUACAGGUGCAGGGAUACCUUCUAAGCCAGAGAUGUGAAACCUGUAGCCCUCCAGACGUGGUUGGACUCUGAACUCCAAUCAGCCCCAGCCAAUGUCUAGGGGUGAUGAGAGUUGUAGUCCAGCAACAUCUGGAGGGCCACAGGUUACCAAUCCUUGUUGUAAAUAGUGCUGAUACUGGAGCCAGGUAGACUGGAAUUGCAUAAAUACUGACACCUUCAUUAGGUGAGUUUAUCCUCUUUCCCCAUAGAUGUCCUGCAGAGAGGAGAUGCAGUGCCUGGGAAUGGCACUCGAGGAUGAUUUCACCCGGUCCAUCUGUUGGAUAUUUUCACUGGUACCAACAGCUGUCUCCACAAAUAUUGCUACAUCUCUUUGCUGUGGUUACCUGCACUGUUGCAGCUGGCAAUCCCUUGCACUGUUAAAGGUGGGAGUGCUCAGGAGGUGGGGUGCAAACGCUUACGCUUCUUGGUGUACAGUUUCAUUACUGAGGUGGGGGGAAGACUAGGUAGCCCUCUAGUCUUCUGAAGCCUAAAUAUAAAAAUACAUGAAGCUUGAGUUUAUUGGUGAAAACCUGAAAGAUGCUGCUGUAAGUUUUGCUAUUGUGAAGAACAGGCUGGCAUUUACUGGAGCUUGUCUUUGUAAAUAAGUGGGUAUUAUUAUUAUUAUUAUUAUUAGUUUUAAGAAGAUGGUUUUGUACAGUUGCUGGGACACUUUGUUGUAUAUGAGGCUGUAUUUUCAAGCUUUGCCUUCUAUGUAAUGCUCAGAACAAAAACAGACUGAAGAGGUCUUCUAUCUGUGGAAGCCACCUCUUCUGUCAGGAAUUAUCUCCGUUUUCACUCUCUUUAGAUUCUUUUUCCUCCCCAAAGUGCACGAGCCCAGUGUAGAAGGGGACAUAAGCAAAGGGUGAGUGUACAUAAUCUGCAUUCUGACCCUAUGCAUGUUUUACUUAGGUUGGCCCAGCUGAGUUCAGCAGGACUUACUCCCAUCUGAGUGUGCAUAGCAGUUGAAGUUCUAGGCUAGGAUUACUUGGCCCCCUGCAGCACAAGAACAUAGUUGUAGAUUUGAUUAAUUUCUUCUAUAUAAUGGAAGAGCACUGUCCCAUAUUUUGAAUUAUGGUUGUAUUCCAGCCAUAGAAGGACAGUUCAUUACUCCUAAUGGGCAUUUUUUUCCUCUGAGCUUGCUCAUAUUUAAUAGAAGCUGCAAAGGAUCAGUCUGUUGGGUGAUUAGUGGUUUUAUGAAAAGUAUGGUAGUGUGAAUCAUCCCAGUGUCUAUGGGAUGUAUUGCUAAUGAUUAAAAAAAAUAAACCAAAUUUGUGGGCGAAAGGUAAAUAGUUAAAUAGUAAAUAGUUUGGUUUUCCAGUUUUACUGGGUCUUUGGGUUCCAUUAUCUUCUUACUCAUAGCUUGAUGUUAUUUGUCCUACAUGCUCGCUUCAUGUAGAGUCUGCAUUGUAGACCCAGAAUCCAUUCAGUGUUAAUGUGUGAUCUGCUAUGCAAUCUCCCUUCAUUUCAGUGUUACAUUGAAGUUAAGAGGUUGUGACUAACAAGGCGAACAGUUGGGUAGCAGAGACUUGCAUUUAUAUAUCUGAAACAUCAGUAUUUUUUAAGUGGUAGAUACUAAAAUCAUGUGAAUCCUGAGGGAGUUAGAAAUUGUGCAGACACAAGCUGUCAUCGGGAGACUGUGCUGUGCAUCAUAGGGUUGUAUGCUACUAGUAGCUUGUGGCGUUAACCCUUGCAUAGGGGCCUUUUAUAGCAGCGGGGGAUUCACAUUUCAGUCUGUAUUGCAAGAUGGAUGAAAAGUGCAUUCUUACCCAGACCAUGCAAUGCUCAUGAUGGCAUUGGCGAUACCUGGAUGUGCACCCAAAUUUGAUUCCAAUCCACAUCUGUUGCAUUUUCAGUUCCUAAUAUAGCACCAGGAACUGUGCACAUAUUCAGCCAGUGUAUCCAAUCAUAUAACACCCUAUUGCAUUUGUGGAUGUUACUCCACCAGGUGGAGAUUGCACAAGAGAGCAGGAGAAGGCUUAUAUUUCUGUUUGACCAAACAGGAGUGCAUAUUACAAACUAUCCUUAAUGUAACUUUGGCGAGGCUCCCAAAGGACUUUUGCUGAUAUCAAAGUGUUAUGAAUGCAACAAGCCACACCCAAUUUCAUGUUCAUUAGUUUCUAUUGAAACCAAUUGCAUUUUAUGUGCAUAUCAUCUGCACACACUUGAAGCUAUUGCAUUUUGAACUGUUUUGUAAAAGUUUUACUAUUCAGUGUGAGUUGCAUUACACCAUAGGCGUUCAGUUUAAAGCAAAUGUUGGCAAGUGUUGCAUAUGUGUUUUAAGUCCAGUUGGUGCUGCAGUACCCUCAGGUUAGCAUUUGUUUCCUGAUGCAUCAAGUGUGAGGAUCAGGUUGUAUGUGGUAUGGGAAUGCACUAUUGCCUUCCCGUGUCAAAUGGAACUUCUUCGUCAUUGCUUAGCUGUUGAUCCAGAAACCCUUUUCUUGGCAACUUAAUGAACCCAUCCCGGAAGGCAUUUUCCAAUGCAAAGGUGGUCAGGCAUUUAUUACUAUAUGUACAUCUUUCACAAUUGCUUUCAUAUGCUAGUCCUUGGUGUGUUGUACUUCUAAAGCAGAGGCCAAAUGUUAUGGAACAAUGCCUGUUAAUAAAAAUCUAUACCUAUAUUUUCUCAGGGUUUAUUUCCUCCUACUCUUGGCACAUGUCCCAAGAAAAGGCUAUGUCAAGAUGAUGAAACGACUGGACAGUGGCCUCGUUUUCAGAUAGCAUUAAGUUGUGGUUUGUUUAGCAUAAUUAUUUGUUAAUAUUUGCCCAAACCCACCCCAGCCAGUUAAUUAGGGUUUGCUUGUGCACAACAAAUAAGAAUAUGAAACAAUGGUUUUCAUUACAUCUGAAGCCAUCAACCUGGCUUAUUCCUUGUUUCAUCGCCCAGGCCAACAUACUUGCCCAACUACAAAGGUGCAAAGCAAGAACAUUUAAAAAGCUUAAGCCGCUAUUAGGUGAAACAAGCCAUGGUUACUUUGCUGGUCUGAGAGACUGAUCCUAGUGUCUUGAACAAAUCACAUUUAAAGCAAACCAUGGCUUAGAUCUAUGAAUGAACACAGCCAUUGAGGAAUCUUAUUUCCCAAAUCACAAGCAGCCAUGCCUGUGUUUUCCAAAUGAUGAAAUGGUAGUAACAUGUGUGCCUGAUGGAAUUGGAGGAUUUUCUUUCUUUACGUUGUGCCUUUUGAUGUACGUCUGGUCUCAGGAGCACAAGGAAUGGGUAUGGCACCAUUUUUCAAUUGUACAUUACAAAUGUGUUGGAAUGUGGGGUUUCUUCAGGAAUACAGCUUUUAAUAACCAAGAAGCCAUGAAAGAAUCUGUGCAGAUUUUUAUUGAGUAAUAUAUAAAUAUAUACUUUUUGUUGGCUGGUCUAUUUUUCUAAUUAUUUCCUCAGAAUUUCUUACUGUUGUGAUACAAUUAUUUGACUCUUGAUGCUUACUACAGUUCUUGUUUUCUGCUUGUUCCAGUGGGCAUUGUUUCUGUUUUCUUUAUAUUUUGGCUCCUCUUCCCCCCCCAUAAACCUUUUUUUGUUUUUUAAAUGUGAAACGUUUAUCUAGAGCCACACCCUCUGCUUCAUAGAGACGUUUCUGCUGAGUGACACUGUAAAUAAUGUCCCCCUCAAUGUCAUUUUUGACUUUGGAAAUCGAUUUGUUAAUAUGUGAUACCGCAUUAAAAUGUUUUCCUGAAGUUCAAAUAAAUUAUAUAAGUUUCACCCUUCUUUUUAAU